GCCUGCUUCACAUCGGUAGCCAACAGAUGCUAGCUAACACAUGUAGCUAGCUAUAGUUUUUAUUUUAACGUUACGUGGAUGAGUGAGGGCAAAAUGUCAUCUUACAAUAUGUUCCAGUCAGAAACAACAUCGAUUAUGGCCUUUGUCGUCGAGACUGUAAUGACAGAAAUUAGCCAACUUUUGCCAAACACACCAAACUCUGACGCUAACGAAAGCAGUAAACCGGAGAGAGAGCUUUGCACCAUAAUGAAUCAGGUGAUGGGGGAGGCUAUUCGUAAAAUUUGCCUACUAUUCCUGGUGUCCUCCUCACGUUUACAAAAUGAAAAUGAGAAAUUGAAGACCAAGGUGGAGCAGAUGGAGGAAGAUAUGAAGACAAUGACUGAGAAGGCUGAACAUUAUAGAACAUCUCUAGCUAAAGUGCAGGCACAAGCAGAACCGAAAGGACCAACCCAUGUUCUGCACAAUGGAAUCAUCUUUGCAAUUAAACCAGUUGAUCUCCCAAUGUUGCCUGGAAUGACAGCGGCUUCAGCAUUGCCAGGGAAUGCCAGUCAAGCAAACCCCGUCACUAACGCAACAUCAGUCCGUGCAGCUUUGCACAAUUAUGAAUCUGGUGACAGGGGAGGCUAUUCGUAAAAUUUGCCAACUAUUCCUAGUGUCCUCCUCAAGUUUACAAAAUGAAAACGAGAAACUGAAAACCAAGGUGGAGCAGAUGGAGGAAGAUAUGAAGACCAAGGUGGAGCAGAUGAAUGAAGAUAUGAAGGCAAUGACUGAGAAGGCUGAACAUUAUAGAACGUCUCUGGCUAAAAUGAAGGCUCAAGCAGAACCGAAAGGACCCACGCAUAUUCUGCUCAAUGGAAUGAUUUUUGCAAUACCACCAGUUGAUCUACCAAUGUUGCCUGGAAUGACAGCGGCUUCAACAUUGCCAGGGAAUGUCAGUCAAGCAAACCCGGUCACUAACGCAAUGUCGGUCUCUGCAGGUCCUGCAAAGGUUUGCAGUAAGCCCACAGAGACGUCUUCAUUGGAGUGUGACUCCUCUCUGGGAGACACAGAUGGACUGAAUACAGACCCCUCCCCAAGAGACACUGAAUCCAACGUUGAGCAUAUGAGAGCUGCUCUGCCAGAGGGCAACGAGAGAGACUGCCAGGAAAGCCAGAUAAACAGCCAUACUACUAAAGGGAUACGAUUCAAAGAAUCCAAAUGCUUCAAGUGUGAUGUUUGUGAGAAGACCUUCAGCCGGAACAACCUGCUGGUACAACACAAGCUAACUCACACAAGACCCUUCAAGUGUGAUGUUUGUGAAAAGACAUUCAGCAGGAAGGGGUCACUGGAAGCUCACAAGCUAAGUAACACAAUACCCUUCAAGUGUGACGUUUGUGAGAAGAACUUCUGUCUGAACCGCAUGCUGGUACGUCAUAUGCUAAUUCACACAGGAGAGAGGCCAUUCGCUUGUGGUCAAUGUGGCAAAACAUUCAGAAUGUCUAAGCAGCUCGAACAUCACAUGUUGCGUCACAGAGAAAAAACAUUCAGUUGCAAAGUCUGUGGAAAUGCAUUGUCUACCAAGAAAGAUCUGAAACGACAUCAGCUUGUUCAUGCAGUGGAGAGACCGUUCAAGUGCCUGACUUGUGAAAAGGGUUUCACAUCAAGGGCUCUGCUUAUCGAGCACGAGAGAAUCCACACCGGUGAAAAACCAUACAGCUGUGCUGUAUGUGGGAAGAGUUACAGACAGCAUGGUGGCCUAAAUAUUCAUAUGCGAAGACAUACAGGUGUACGUCCGCACUCAUGUUCUGAGUGUGGUAAGAGCUUUGUGACAAGCAGCAGCCUCAAAAACCACAUGGUUGUUCACACAGGGGAGAAGGCAUUUACAUGUGAGACAUGUGGAGCUGCUUUCGGCCAUAAAGGAAACCUUGUGAGACACCAAGUGCUUCACACAGGGGAGAGACCGUACAAAUGUAUAGUGUGUGGGAAAAGCUACCUUCAGUCCACUGACCUAAAAGCUCACAUGCACCGUCAUGGGGCAACCAAACCAUUUAUGUGUGACCUAUGUGGGAAGACUUUUAUGUACAAUUUUCAAAUGAGACGACACCAUCUCAAAUGGCACACAGCUGAAGGAGAGAAGCAGAGAGAACGAAAGAGGAAAGAGCGAACGAGAACUGCCAAGAGACCAGGAACCUCAACAAAGCCAUUCAGUUGUGACAUAUGUUUGAACAGCUUCAGCUCCAUGCUAACUCUGAAAAACCAUCAACGAAUUCACACGGAACAAACGCAAUACUCUUGUUCCAUUUGCGGAAAGACCUUUGCCUAUAAACAUACUUUUGACUAUCACAUGAGACUUCACAAUGGAGUGAAGCCCUACGCUUGUAAAUACUGUGAAAAGAAAUUUGUUCUUAAGCAAGCUCUUGAAGGACAUGAGCGUACCCAUACAGGUGAAAAGCCCUUCAAAUGCAGUUAUUGUGACAAGACUUUUGCAGUCAACACCAAUCUCAAAAGGCAUGAGCGAGUCCACACAGGAGAGAAGCCAUUCAAAUGUGAUGUCUGCGGGAGAGGUUUCAGCCAAGCCAACAACGUCAAAGCCCACAUGCAAGUCCACACUGGAGUGAGGCCUUACUAUUGCAAGAGAUGUGGAAAGGGCUUUUCUGACAUAAGACACUACAAAAACCAUAGCUGUAAUGGUGUGGCAGCGACACGCGAUCAGUCCCGUAAAUCUUCUGACCGCACUUUCAGAAAUAAGAAAGGAGGUAGAGACAGGAGUGCUUGCCAUAAUGCUGCUGUUAUGUAGACUCAGUGAUAUAAUCUCUAUCAUUCAUAGUGGGGCAACUUCCUGCUUUCAGACAUCAUGAACAUCAGGGAUGUAGUCAGUAGAGUGAAAAGUUCUCGGGUGAGUUUCUAGAUAGCCUUGUUGAAAAUUAGAUAAUUUUCUUUAGGAAAUGAGAUGCAUGCCCGCUGUAAUGCUUGAAGAUCUUAUUAUAAGUCUUAGGGUCAAUGUUCAUGAGCUCACAUUUUCAUGGAGACGUUUAUUUCUGACAGUGUGCUGAAUCAUUUACAAUAUAUAUUUUUCUAUUGUGUAAAUCAUUAAACACCUAAUUCAUGUGAAAAUA